AUGGCUCAAGCUAAUUAUGUGAUUUGUAAAUCAAAACCGUUAAUUCCAAGAGAAGUUUUAACAACUAGUGAUCAAUUAAAUAGUGGAUUGCUUCCUAAUCAACAACCUAUCCAACCUGAAGGAACAUCUUAUGUUAAUAAAACAGAUUAUUCUAAUAAACAUAUUCGUACAUGUGAAACAACUAAAGAUCAUCAUAAAUUACCAAUGAAAAUAAGAUAUAGAAUAUCUUCAAAUAUGUCAUCGAUUAAUAAUACACAGAUAAAUAAAGAAUCAAAUAUUUCUAUUGAUUUACUUCAAUAUAAAGAUUCUCAAACAACGAGAACAUCAAGUCAAUUUGCAACAACAGAUAAUAUUAAUAAUUCGACAAGUCUAUCCUUUCAAAGAAUAAAUUCUCAACGAAAACGAACAUCACACUUAAUUGAAAACUCUGCAGAAUUAACGCGUGAAUGUGCUAUUUGUUUAUUAGAUCAACCAAUUUAUUUCUUUGAAGGACAUUAUAGUAAUAAAUGUAAACAUUCUCAAAGAACAAUAUGUGAUACAUGUAUUUAUAAUAAUAUUAAAUAUAUUAUUGAAAAUACGAUAAAUAGGAAUUUAUUUUGUCCUGAACCUAAUUGUAUGGCUAUAUUGAAUUUUGAAAGUAUUCGUUAUAUUCUUAGUAUGGGAAAUAAUUUCGAAUUAUUUGAACGAUAUGAUCGACAAUUAACACAUAAACAUCUUGAACAAAUUCAAGAAUUUGUUUGGUGUGCACAUAAUGGAUGUGGUUCAGGACAAUUACAUUAUAUAGAUAUAUAUAAAAAUCCAAUAGUUACUUGUAUUAAAUGUAAAAAACAAACAUGUGCUUAUCAUCGUAUUAAAUGGCAUAUCGGAAUGACAUGUCAAGAAUAUGAUCAAUCAAAUAUAUCAUCUAUUGAUCAUAAUACACAAAUAUGGAUUAGAAAAUAUUCAAAAAAAUGUCCAUUAUGUCAUUCAUUUAUUGAAAAAAUAUCUGGAUGUGAUCAUAUGACAUGUACGAUAUGUAAACAUCAAUUUUGUUGGCAAUGUUUUGCUGAUUAUCGAAAAAUUCAAACUUAUGGUCGUAAACAACAUAUGAUAUAUUGUACACAUUAUUCGUCUUAUCCACAUUCGAACAAUCAUUUUUAUAGACAAAGAUCAGUUAUUUGUACUAUUUUAUAG